CAGGCUCAAGCAUGGCCGACGUCUUGCAAAAAUCCGUAAAAACUUUCAUCAUAUGUUAUCGUGUAGAGUUAUUCAAUCAUACUUGACAAAGUUAUCCUCCGUAGUUAAAAAAUGCUUGCUGGGCCGUAACGUACCCGUAUAUUCUGAUAAAAUGGCUUCUAAGACGAAGCUUUUGUCAAACAAAGUCUACCUUCAAGUGUUAGGAACUUGUUCUCUAGACACCACGCCGUCGCUGCUGUUAUUCACGGAUUCUCAGAGGUAUCUUUUCAACUGUGGUGAAGGAACUCAAAGGCUUUUUAAUGAACAGAAGAUCAAAUACAACAAACUCAAUAAUAUUUUCUUUACAAGAAUUUGCUGGGAGCGAUGUGGGGGAUUGCCUGGAAUGGCUAUGACACUCAGAGACAGCAAAAAGACAACUAUAAACAUUUAUGGACCAGAAAACCUGAAGGACCUAAUGAAUGGGACAAGAUUCUUUAUUUUUCAUGAAAAGAUGAAAUAUGUGUGUACACAGUAUAAUGGCAUAAAGGAUACAGCAUUCACUGAUGAAAACCUCACCUUAACUCCUGUUGUAAUACAAGCACACAAGAAAGAUGAUCCAAGUAAUGACAAAUCUCAUGCCAGAAAAGAUGAAAAACUCAACAGUGAACAGCAGCAUCCUGAUAAGAAAAUUAAACUGGACCCAGGAUUGCUCAAAGAAUCCAUCGUGUGCUACAUCUGUCAGCUUGUGUCUGUUCCUGGAAAAUUUUUGCUUAAUAAAGCAAAAGAGCUAGGGGUCCCUAAAGGACCUCUUUAUGGGAAGCUGAAGAAUGGAGAAAAUGUUAUCCUAGAGGAUGGCACAGAGGUGUGUCCAGAGCAGGUGACGGAGCCUACCUCUCCUGGCCCAGUUGUACUUUUUAUUGAUUGCCCAUGUGUGGACUACAUACCUAACAUUGUCAAUAACCAUUCUCUAUGCGCCUUUCACGAAGGGCCAUCAAACAUGGCUCCUGUCAUUAUUGUUCACAUGGUACCUAUGGCUGUCUACAAUCAUCCAGAUUACGUUUCAUGGAGUAAAAAGUUCGGAGAAAGGACAGAGCACUUGUUGAUAAAUUCCGAGGUUUGCAGCGAUCAUGUUGCAUUCCGCCGACAAGCAACUAUCCAAUGCAAGCUUAAUACUCUUGAUCCGUCCAUCUUCCCUCUACUCUACCAAUCCCCGAAAAAAGACCUACCCCAAUUCCCCAUACGAACCAUGCCCGGUGCUUUCUGUCUUCAAUAUCAUCUCCGACCCCUCAAACAACAAGGAUACUCCACGUCAGAUGUGCCAGAACCACUCAAUGUCCAAGAACUGAAGAACGAAGCUAUUACUGCUAUCAAGGAUAUCAAAAAGAGAGAAGACUCUCUGGGGUUUGAUAAAAUGUCGCCUUCAAAUGAUUUACAGACACCAAAUUUAGAUUUGAAGGCUCAAGCUGUUACUCAAGACACUGAGAUGCGACUUGAUAAUAAAUCAGAAACGAAAAGUAAAAUUAGUGAAACUAAACACAAUGUAUCACCUGAUAAUUGCACAGACUUGGAACAGAGUAUAAAAUCCGAAGACAAAUUGUCCCCUGAAACUCUAAAUCUCUCUGACGUUUCCAAAGUCCUGAGAGAAAAAUACACAAGCUCAUUACUUAAUACUUGUAACCAAAGCAACAGCAUUGCUGACAGUGAUAGUAAACAUGACAAUCGUGAAAAAGGUGCUCUUGAUUUGGGUUCAUCGUUAACAACAAAAAGCCAAGGGAGUGUAGAUGACUUUGAUUUUGAGGUGGUAUUUAUUGGGACAGGCGCAUCUCUGCCAUCUAAAUACAGGAAUGUCAGUUCAACCCUGCUGUCCAUCAGCAAUGAACACUCAGUCCUGCUGGACUGCGGGGAAGGAACCCUGGGUCAACUCUACCGUCACUAUGGCAACAAGGCAGAUGAUGUCAUUCGGCGAAUUAGUUGUGUGUUUAUCUCCCAUAUGCAUGCCGAUCACCAUCUGGGCCUUCUAAGCGUGUUGCUUCGACAGGCUGAGCUAGCACAGGUAUCAGACACUGCUGCUCAUACUCUUGUCAUUGGCCCUUUGAGAAUGCGCAGUUGGCUAACAGAAUACAGUUCUCUAUGUGAGCAUUUGGAUUUUAGGUUCAUGGAAUGUUUCCCUGAUUCCUGUAAAGCCCCGAAGUAUCUAGAUUGUCUUGAUGUCAAGAUAUCAGUCGUCCCUGUGGAUCACUGUGCGUUCGCGUACGGCCUGGUGCUGAGCCACGUGACGGGAUGGAAGGUGGUUUAUUCCGGUGACACUCGUCCAUGCAAAAAGUUGAUAGAUGCCGGCGCCGGCGCCACGCUGCUGAUCCACGAGGCGACGUUAGAGGAUGAGAUGACGUCAGAGGCCAUAGAAAAGAAGCACAGCACUACGACCGAGGCGAUCUCAAGUGGACUGAAAAUGAGUGCCCGCUUCAUUAUGCUAAACCACUUCAGUCAGCGGUAUCCUAAGAUUCCUGUGUUCAACGAAAAGUUCACUAAGCAUACUGGGAUCGCAUUUGAUCAUAUGACGAUACGACCAAGAGAUUUCGACAAGAUCCCAUCGUUGCUCCCAGCGUUGAAGGUCUUAUUUGCGGAAGAAGUUGAAGAAUUAACUCAGAACACUGAAAUCCGGCGAAACAAACUAAACGCGAAUGAGUCUUGAAUGAUUCUGGUUAAUUAGUAAAGCACUUCGCUUAUACAAUCUGAGAAAUAGUUAUAGUGCGCUCACAGACUCGUACCCAGUCGCUCAAAAGAAAAAGAGCAAGGCGCGCAAAGGAUUGUCGUACCCAAUCCCUUGCGAUCCCCUUUUUUACGACUGGGUACGAGUCCGGUGCGCUCACACAAACGUAGAGAGUAAUCAGGCUUGAUUAUAUCACUACUUUGCCAUUCUUAGUUGCGCGGGGGUUCGGGUCGAGUUGAUAAGCGAACAGCAUUGGCGUAAUUCAACAUGGCGUCGUAAAGAUAUUGAUUAUUUUUUUUUGCUUGUUAAUUCGACCCAAUCCCCUUAUCAACGUAACAAUGGCGAAUAACAUCAACAGAAUGUUUGAUGCAUUCUUAAUUCUUGCCAGGCGUAUUUUUAGGCUAUUAAAAUGCUCUUUAGGAA